AUGAAUAUGCUGUUGUCUAAAAAUAAAAAGUCCAAUGGAGAAGUGGACAAGAUAAUGAAUGAGCAUAUAGUAUUUACAGAAACACAUGAAAGUAUAAUUCCUUUAGAAAACAAGAGAGUUGCAAUUCCCUUUUGUUAUAGUAACUACAUAAUCAACAACUCCUUUUCAAAGAUUCUACGCCCUAUAGACGCUAGACAUAGUGAUGUAUUCAACACAAACUUUAAAGGCGUAAACAAUGUGUUCUCGUUAAGAAACAAAAAUAAAAAAACAAAAAAUAAAAAAGACAUGUACGAAAAAAAAGGAAAUACUAAGUAUCAUGAGCCUCAAAAUGUUGAUACAAAUAUGUUUGAAAGAAACGUUGAACCCUUUAAUUUGAUUAAUUUUGAAGGUCACAGCAAGGUGAAACCUUUGCAAAAUACAUGUUCUGAAGGGGAAAUGUGCACCAUAUACUCAAAUUUACAAAAUACUAAUACACAUAGAGCAAUUAGAAAAUUAGAGCAUUUUGAUUACUUAAUGUACAACGUAAUUAAAAAUGAACAGGAGAAAAAAUCACAGCUGAAAAAAAAUAUAGAAUCCAAAAACAAUAUUAUAAUUGUAAAUAACCUGUAUUCCAAUAGAACGCAAAUGGUAGAUAACAGAACACUUAAUCUUGUUCAGAUUAAUAAAAACAUUGUAAAUUCAGAAAGGAUACGUGAAGAAAAUAAUAGAAAAUUGCAAGAUUCUAAAUGUUCACUGAUAGAAAAUGAUAAUGUAAUGAACCAAAUUAAAAUGUCUAAUGGUUAUAAUGCGAAAAAGGAUAGAAAAUCAUCUGCGAAAUCAGGCAAGGAAGAUGAUUUACUUGUUGAUUAUGAAAAUGGGCUAAGGAAAGAACAAUCUUUGUCUAUAAUAGAUGCUCAUAAAAAAACCGUAGCAGGAGGUAUAAAAGGAAACACUGAUCAAUAUAGUGCUUUAGGACAACAUGACAUUUUUGAUGAUAUAGAUCCUUUAAUUAAUGAAAAGAUAAAAAAAAGGAAAAAAAAAAAUACAGGGACUUGCUUUUUUAGCCUAAACAAUUUUUCUUGUCAUUUCCUCAUGACAUGUGAUAAGACAUAA